CAACAAAAUGAUAAAAGCAAGCAAAGGGUCAGAAUCAAGUGGACACAAAUGGAAAGACAAUGAGCAUAUGAACUAUCUUCAUUAUUGAACAAAGGCUCAUAAAUAGAGAGAGAGAGAGAUGAGGAGACUGAUGUAAGGGGAAGAGAGAGAGAGAUAGGCUGUUGUUGGGGUCUUCUCCAACAACAAGUACUAGUUUAAGCAGACAAAAGGUGUUGUGAUAAAGUUGCGUACUUAAAAGCUUAAGUGCCUCCUGCUUCCCUCAAUACAUUAUCCAACAUCUCUUGUAUCUCCUAUAGCACUAUUCCUCUCUCUCUCUUUCUCUGUCUCUCUCUCUUUAUUGGGUAUUGCUUUGUUUUUUUUUUCAUAGGAUAAAUGGAAGGAGGAGAAGUGACAUCCUUAACAAAAGGAAAUAAGAAGAGAAGGUUUAAAAGAAUAUGUGUCUACUGUGGAAGCAGAGCUGGAUACAAAUCUGCAUUUAGUGAUGCUGCUCUUGAGCUUGGUAAACAGCUGGUUGAAAGAAAGAUAGAUUUGGUUUAUGGUGGAGGGAGCAUAGGCCUAAUGGGAUUGGUCUCUAGGACUGUGUUUAGUGGAGGCUGCCAUGUUCUUGGAGUGAUUCCAACUGCUCUUUUGCCUCAUGAGAUUUCAGGCGAUACAGUUGGAGAAUUGAAAAUAGUAGCUGACAUGCACCAAAGGAAGUCAGAAAUGGAAAAACAUGCAGAUGCUUUCAUUGCACUACCUGGUGGUUAUGGAACCAUGGAAGAACUGUUGGAGAUGAUAACAUGGUCUCAGCUUGGAAUUCAUGACAAACCAGUGGGAUUGUUGAAUGUGGAUGGUUACUAUAACAGCUUGAUUGCCUUGUUUGAUAAAGGAGUAGAUGAAGGCUUCAUAGACCAUUCUGCUAGACAUAUUUUGGUAAUAGCAAAUACAGCUGAAGAUCUCAUCAACAAGAUGGAGGAGUAUGCUCCUGUACAUGUCAAGGUUGCACCCAGACAAAGCUGGGAAGUGGACCAAUUAUUAGAGGCUACACAAAGUGGGGAUGCCCUAAGUUCUUAGAUCUCAAUCAUCAUCCAUCUUUGAUUAUUUGAUAAUAUAAUAUAUAUAUAUAUAUAUAUAUUUAUAUAAAUACUUAAUAUGUUGUGUAGUUCCAUGCUAAAGAAAAAGAAAAAAAAAAGAUAACUAAUUCUCCAUCUUUGUAUUUUCAUGAUGGCAUGGAUGUUGAUUGCAUUUGUAAAAAAAAUGCAAAAAAGAUAAGCAACUUUCCCUUUCUCUUUUUCUUUUCUUUUCUUUUCUUUUUCUCUUAGCCAAGUCCAAUUGACUUUGUCAACAAAGCAUAUGGAUGAGACUCUGGUGGGGUGGAGGAAAUAAUAAUGGCCAAGAAAGAAACAAAGAUUGAUGGUUGAUCUUUUUAUUUUA